ACCAACCACAGUCAGCGAUGGUGUAUAUCUACAGUGUGCCAUUGAGGAAGGUUCUCCAUUUCGCACAGGUACUCGCACAUACCUCUACACAACAACGACGCACUGAAGUGGGCUAGCUUCCCUCAGCCUCAGCACACACAUGGGGAGCAUGCAUGGGGAGAGCCUCUCGCCACCAGAAGGUGGCAGUCUCGCAGCACAACAGCUUUCGUCGUGAAGUGGAAGAACCGAUCAUCAGUGUUUACCGCGAAUUUGUAACGAAGUGAGGUGUCGAAUUGUAUCGCUCCACUACUGUACCGCCGGCCGAUUGACCUUGGCGCCCAAUUGCGGCAGUGUAGUGCGCUGAUUGAGAGUGUUAAUAACUGUGUGCUAUUAAGUGAGGCGAGGAUGCUGUAAUUUUUCGGUGAUUUGAAGUCGGAGUGGAAAUAUUUUUUUUUCGUUCAUGCCUGAUUGAGUAAACUGUUUGAUAAUUGUCGAACGUGCGAUGAUCUCUCCGGGAAGUCAAUAAAACUGUACGAGAGAAGAUUUAUUUUGUUUUUGUUGGUCGUGAUCUGACUCAUCCUGACAUCAGUGAGGUGAAUUAAUUUGCCGGUUGGCGGUGGCAACAAUCCGCAAAUCAUCCGUUACCUUCCGUGUCGAUCGCGCUAAAGUCGACCACAAUCUCCCAACCAGAAUGAUUCACCAGCGUCGCGUGUAGUCAUUAACCAUCGAUCAUAACAACAACAACCGUUUCACACCUGAGGUCAUCAGUCUCUACAGCCCGAGCCCAAGCUGAAGUCAUCAAACUCGCAGCUGAUCGCUCGCGAGCCCAGCCAGCCAGCGAGAAACUAGACAUCACAUUGACAUCAUUCUGGUGUUUCCCCACUACUGCUGGUGCGCGCAAUGAACAAGCUAAGAAACUUGCUUCACCACCCAACUGGCGCAAUCCUCUCCGAUGGUGGUGGUGGUGGAGCAAAAGCGUCCAACAAAGCCAACAACAACGACCAGCAGCGGAUAGAACCCGUUGUCGGCUUCAAGUUGGUGCUUGACCCGGGUUCGAGCUUUAGCUAUAGCCAAACCGACGAAGAUGGGGAUAAUAACAAUCGACAUUCGUCGUCGUCGCCGCCGCCGUCGAAUGGAAAUUCAUCGGCGUCGACUGUACCGGAACUGCAAGUUCACCUGGUCGGAGCACGCCACCUGCCGGGGAGCUUUGGACUGAAAAGCGUCGAGGGGUAUAUGAUAAAGAUCAAGCUGUUUCCCGGGACGGCCAAGUUCGAUUCAUCUAUACAGACCACAUCGUGGCCCAUGUUCGGGGAGACGUUCCGGUUUCCGCUGGUUUCUAGUCAUAAAUCUUCAUUCCGCGUGAAGAAAAACCAGUCGCACAAAGGGAAACCAGAUGAGACUCCACCGGAGAAACUGUUCAAUGGCAACUUCGUCGUGUUCACAGUAUUUGCUCUCUUGGAGCUACCACCAGGGUUCCAAUCCACACUGAAGCACAAAACGAUGACCUUCAUCCGGCAGGGCAGCCAAAGGCUCAAGGACAAACCGGUCAUCGGAAAACUAGUCAAAGACGUGGAACCGCCCGAUUCCAAAACGGCCAAUUUCGAUCAGAAACAAAACCUGAAGAAGCUGACCACAAGUGAAAGUCAGCGGAACAUCGGUUCGGUGACAUACUUCCUAGAUCCGAAGGCAUUCCAGGAGCUUUGUCGGGGACGGUUGUACCAAACCGAAGAGAUGUGGCUACCGAUUAAGGACAUCACUGUGACACAACCGGCGGAGACCCGUGCGGUGAUCUUCCAAAGCCCGAAGGGACAAGUGGAGGUAACCCUGCAGCUUUGUGACUAUACCGAAGUGCACCUGGAUAGUGAGAAGGCUUCGCAAGAGGAUCUAUCCUUUAACAUCGAAGGCCCGUACUCUCCUAGUUCAGCAUCUUCAUCAUCUUCCCUCACAAACCCGUUCCGCUUCAAGAAGGAACAACCUGCGUGUGGAUCACCCAUUCCCGUGUCCAACUCAAACAAGAGCCGCUUCAGCUUCAAGGGAGUGAAGAAGAUCGUCAAAAGCGUCAAAAACAAAGACAAAGAUCAACAAGGCUUGUGUCUCAAAAUCUCCACCGCCAAGAUCCGAUGUGGCAUCAAGGUGAAAGAAGAAUUCGAAGCGAUCAGUGAAAAGAUCUAUCUCAAAACGACGGUUCUGGAACAUGAGAUCCUUUCGGCCACCUGGAAAUCGGAACCGUUCCGGCCUGCCCUGUCCAGUCGGUGGAACCAGGACGAUUGCACCAUUGUUCUACCGCUGAGCAGUGAGAGUAACUUGGAUCACAUUUCGAUACGCGUUGCGCUGGCGGCCAAAAACAAAAUGGGCAAGAAGAUUUACCUGGGGCAGUUGUUCAUGGGACCGAAUGCACCCAGUUCGAAUCAAGUCAAACAGGACCAGUGGAGGAAGAUGGUGGCUUACAAAGGUUCGGCCAUUCCGGUGUGGCACAGUUUUGAAUGAUGUAUUUAAUGAUAGAUGUAACUGUUUGUGUCAUAAUGAUUUUAAAUUAUUAAGCAUUCAGAAGAGUGUCAUACAGUAUGUUUAACAGACCAAAUCUUAAAUAUAUUUUUAUCAGAUUAUGAUUGAGA